AUGGAUGUGUUUCUGAGUGCAAAGGAAAGAGUGGAGGAGCGCCAACAGCUUCUUGAGGUGCAGCUACAAACCAUUGAAAUGAUGUGUUCCAUCACACGGAUGCCAACCGUGGUGCCCCCAAUUUUCUCAAGGGAAGAACUGUUGACUCUAGUGGAUGCUGUUUGUCGGCACCACGCUGCAGGUGCUUCUCCUGCCAUCGCUGCGAAGGUGAUCCCAAAUCUGCAGGUCAAAACCCAUGCGAGGCUGGAGGAGUUGUCUGUGUCGCAGUGUACCAGACUCUUCUGCGCCUUGUGUAUAUUGCUUACUGCCCAGCACUCUUCUGGGAACGUGUGGACGGUGAAGCGGCAGUCGCAUCUUCUUGACCCGAGUGUGCAGCACCUUGACGAACGCGUCCGUGUACACUGCAUAGAUGACACCGUUUGCAUCUUGGUGGGGAUGCAGGCGAACAGCAUGGCACGAUUGCGGUACAAAAAAAUUUCCUUCAGCGCUGCUUGA